GGGAGUGGAGAGAGAGAGAGUGAUGGAGCUGAGCUUGGAUUUGAGCUUGGCUCGGGAGCCCCGGCCGGUGUCCGAGUUCUUGAGGGAGGUGUCCGGGACCCCGGAUCGAGGCGAGAGGGUGUCGAAGGUCGAUGAGUACGUGGCGAGGUUGGAGGAGGAGGUGCGGAAGAUAGACCCUUUUAAGCGCGAGCUCCCUCUCUGCAUGCUCCUCCUGAACGACGCUAUGGAAAGGUUGAAGGAGGAGCAAUUGCAGUGCAAGAGAUCGGAAUCUAUUCGACCGAAGAGGAAUUCUGAUAGGGAUAAGAGGGUAGAAGUGGAAGACAAGGAUUCUGGUGAUCAGAAGAAGUGGAUGAGCUCUCCUGAUCAGAAUCUGGAUCACUGUGCGGCCGAGGAGAACCCAAUUGAGCCGCGUAGCUACAAGAAGAAAGGAGGGGCGUUCUUGCCGUUUGGUCUCCAGAGAGCUCCACCCAAGGAGGGCAAGGAUUCGUCACCGAUUUCUAGACUUACCCUUUCGACUCCGACCUCUAUGUUGGCCUCUCCUGAUAAUGAUAAUCUCAAGAAGCUCGGUAUCGAGGCGCCCUUCUCGAAGGACCACAUGAAAUUGCAGAGAAGUCCACAGCAGCAGCAGCAGCAGCAGCACGCACUUAGGAAGCAAAGGCGGUGCUGGUCACCGGAGCUCCACCGCCGGUUUGUGGAGGCGUUGGAUCAGCUCGGUGGAGCGCAGGUGGCUACUCCAAAGCAAAUCAGGGAACUCAUGCAAGUCGAAGGCCUCACUAAUGAUGAAGUUAAAAGCCAUUUACAGAAAUAUAGACUUCAUAUCAGGAGAAUCCCAUCACCAUCUGCCGCCAUGGAAAAUGGCUUAUCUUUAUUGCAAGAACGACGUGCCGUGGACCGCUCAGAACUUAGGACCCCGGAGUCUGAUGAUUCUCCCCAAAGCCCUCUUCUUGCCCGUGCAUCUGCUCUUGCAGUUUCUAGUGCCGGAGGGGAAAGCACGGAGAUGACAGAUGGAGAAGAGAACUCUGAAGGCCACAGUUGGAUAACUGUGCUCGGAGAGAAACUCGCCGCCCACUAAACUCGGCAACCGAAACCGCUAACGGGAUCUUAGAAUGUAUAAAUAAAACUCAGGUGAUGAGGAAGGCUAAGGAUUAUUUUCUUUUUCUUUUUUUACGAGGCAUUUUCGGAGGGCAUAAAUUUCGCCGGUUUUAGUAGACAGAAAGUAGAGAAGUCUUGGAUUCGAUUCCUCUCUUCCCGUGUUUACGAACUCGCUCUCUGUUUGUAUUAGUUUGGGGCUCCAUAUCUUCCCUGGAUGAAGAGGUUUUCUCUGGAGCCAUUGAUGGAUUCGCGAAGUUAUGCUUAACUCUGCUGACUUUAUCAAAUGUGAGGGUUCUUCCA